UUCGAUUAAUAAUUUCUUUUUCGUCAUUCUCUUUACAUCUUCGCCGAUAUUUUCUCUUCCGAAUCGCCGGAAAUCUUAAUCACCUCUUUAAUCCUCUCUCUCCAAGAUCUGAUCCGAUUCUCACUUCUCCAUCUCUCAAACCCUAAUCUAAAAAAUUAGGUUAACCUUUUAAUCUCCCAAAUCAAUUCAUCUCAAUUCAAUCUGUACCUUCCCAAUUUAGUAACUUUCCCUCCAGAUUCCGCUAGAUCGAGACCAAAGCUUCCAUUUUAAGGGGGUAUGUGUGUAAUUGCAUGAGGGUUUGGUGUUUUGAUUGCAUAUAGACUGAAACAAUUGGCUAUGAAUAACAACAACGAAGAAGAUUCCGAUUCCGAUUUCGAUCUAAACGAGAGGGAAAUAGCCGCCUUGAAGGAGAUACUCGCCAAGGAGGAGGAGGACGAUGAUGAAUUGGAUCAGUUUUGGUCAUCUGUGACUCCCUCCUCGAACCCUCUAGUUCAAGGAGAGAGUAGCAAUGGUGUGGUGGAUUGUACCAUGGAGGAAGCAGAUCAUGAUUCGUGUCAUAAACGAGCUAAAGUGUACACUGGCCUUACUGAGUGCAGGUCAGCAGCUUCUGGGGUAUCUUUAGAGGCUGGUUCGUCUGGGGUUGCGUCUUCUUCUAGGGCAACGGAUACGGAUAUGUUUUGUCAGAAUUUUAUUUUGAAUUAUAAUGGUCGGAAAGAUGGGAAGAGAGAUGAUGGUGGAGGUAGUAAUGGUUCUUCUUCUGACUCGGAAGAUUUUGAAGUUCAUAUUGAUUUGACUGAUGACCUCUUGCAUAUGGUAUUCUCGUUCUUGAAUCACGUCGACUUAUGUCGGUCUGCUAUGGUGUGUCGUCAGUGGAGAGUAGCUAGCUCUCAUGAGGAGUUCUGGAAGGUUUUGAACUUUGAAAACACGAUGAUUUCUGUCGAGCAGUUUGAAGACAUGUGUCUUCGCUAUCCCAAUGCGACUGAAGUGAAUGUUUAUGGCACUCCUGCUGUUAACGCUCUGGCUAUGAAAGCAGCUACCACUUUGAGCAAUCUGGAGGUCUUAACUAUAGGAAAAGGUCAGAUCAGUGAGAACUUUUUCCAGGUAUUGGGGGAGUGUAAUAUGUUAAGGAGUGUGACUGUAAAUGAGGCUGUUCUCGGAAAUGGUUCUCAGGAGAUUCACAUCAGUCAUGAUCGGCUACGUGAACUUAAAAUUACAAAAUGCCGCGUCAUGCGUUUGUCUAUCAGGUGUCCGCAGCUGAGGUCUUUAUCAUUAAAAAGAAGCAACAUGUCACAGGCGAUACUUAACUGUCCACUCCUUCAACUUCUUGAUAUAGCCUCAUGCCAUAAGCUCCUGGAUGCUGCUAUCCGUUCAGCUGCCAUUUCGUGUCCUCAAUUAGAGUCACUAGAUGUUUCUAAUUGUUCCUGUGUCAGUGAUGAAACUUUGCGUGAAAUAGCCCAGGCUUGUGCGGGUCUCCACGUUCUUAAUGCUUCAUACUGCCCCAAUAUAUCUCUUGAGUCAGUACAUCUCCCUAUGCUGACAGUUCUCAAGCUUCAUAGCUGUGAGGGUAUAACAUCUGCGUCCAUGACUUGGAUUGGUAAUAGUCCUGAGCUGGAGGUUUUGGAGCUUGAUAAUUGUAAUCUGUUGACAUCUGUCGUGUUGCAUCUCUCCCGUUUGCAGAGUAUAAGCCUAGUUCAUUGCCGCAAAUUUACAGAGCUGAACUUGCAAAGCGUCAUGCUCUCAUCUAUCACUGUCUCAAACUGUCCAGCACUUCGCCGAAUGACAAUCACUUCCAACUCCCUUCGACGUUUAGCUCUCCAGAAACAGGAGAAUCUGACAACAUUAGUUCUGCAAUGCCAGUCCUUGCAAGAAGUGGAUCUCUCUGACUGUGAAUCACUUUCAAACGCUGUUUGUGAAAUAUUUAGUGAUGAUGGUGGAUGCCCAAUGCUGAAAUCAUUAAUUCUUGACAACUGUGAGAGCUUAACAGAAGUGAGGUUCUGCAAUUCAUCGUUGGCUAGUCUGUCCCUUGUUGGCUGUCGUGCUGUUACUUCUCUUGAGUUGAAGUGCCCUCGCAUAGAGCAGAUCUGUUUGGAUGGAUGUGAUCAUCUUGAAACUGCAUUAUUCCAGCCUGUUGCUCUCCGGUCUCUAAAUCUAGGAAUAUGUCCGAAACUGAGUGUGCUCAAUAUCGAAGCACCUUAUAUGGUGUCCCUUGAAUUGAAAGGCUGUGGUGUAUUGUCUGAAGCAUCCAUCGUUUGUCCUCUGUUAACAUCUUUAGAUGCAUCUUUCUGCGGCCAACUGAGGGAUGACUGCCUCUCUGCAACCACUGCUUCUUGCCCACUAAUUGAGUCGCUGGUGCUAAUGUCAUGCCCUUCUAUUGGCUCUGAUGGCUUGUCUUCCUUGAACGGUCUCUCAAAUCUGACCGUUCUUGAUUUGUCCUACACUUUCUUGAUGAAUUUGGAGCCUGUCUUCACGUCCUGUACUCGUCUCAAGGUACUCAAAUUACAAGCCUGCAAAUAUCUCACUGACUCAUCACUGGAGCCUCUAUACAAAGAAGGUGCUUUACCGGCACUUGAAGAGUUGGACCUGUCUUACGGAAGUCUCUGUCAGAGAGCUAUAGACGAUCUACUUGCGUGCUGCACACACUUGACACAUUUGAGCUUGAACGGCUGUGUUAAUAUGCAUGACCUUGAUUGGGGCUCAACCAAUGUAGAGCUAUUUGAUUACUUCGGUGUCAACAGCUCUAGUGAGAAGAACACUCAAGAACCAGCUGAAACAGCCAACCGGUUACUGCAAAACCUCAAUUGUGUGGGUUGUCCCAAUAUCAGAAACGUGUUGAUACCGUCUGCAGCUCGGUUUUAUCAUUUAUCAUCGCUGAACCUUUCGCUAUCGGUCAAUUUAAAGGAGGUUGAUCUUGCUUGUUCCAACCUGGUGUUGCUUAAUCUAAGCAACUGUUGCUCUCUGGAAGUACUGAAACUUGUCUGUCCAAGAUUGGCUAGUCUCUUUCUUCAGUCUUGUAACAUGGAUGAAGCAGGAGUUGAAGCAGCUAUAUCAGGAUGCUGCUCACUAGAGACACUGGAUCUCCGUUUCUGUCCAAAGAUAUCCUCUGUGAGCAUGGCGAGGUUCCGAGCAGUGUGUCCGAGUUUGAAGCGAGUCUUCAGCAGUCCUAAUCUUGCAGAUUAGGGGCUUUGCGAUGGAUGUUUUAUUAUAUAUAACUUUUUAUGCAGAUUAUACAAUGUUGUGUUGUGUGAUGUUUGGGAUGGAAAAAUGUUUGAGUUUACCAAGAGUAGUUAAGAAAUUCGCGAAACAAAAACAAAUCAUGAAUAUUCAGAGUUGUUUUGCUAUAGGAUAAGUAAGAGAAUAUUGUAUUUGAUUAAAGGCAUUUCUAGUGAAUAAGUGAUGCAUCAAAAUGUGGA